UCUCUGCAAGCCAAUGAAAUAGGAAACCGCUUCCUGGUCUUUAGAAAUUAGAAGGCAGUUUCUGCCAUGCAUUAGCCUACUAUGAAAACAGAAUGUGCCGUCGUUCAGCGUGGGAGACAGAGUAACCCAAGAUACGCCGCUGGUUUUGAAGCUCACCUCUAGAGACAGGAUGAAAUGCUCCGAUACCUCACCUGAAGAGGACGCUGGCUCUUCACGGGUCAUUGCGGUGGUUUUCUGCACCCUGCUCCUGGACUUGCUUGGAUUCACUUUAAUUCUUCCUCUUCUUCCCUCUAUUCUAGACCACUAUGGACAAACUGAAGAUGCUGUAUAUCAGUCACUACAGAGCCUUGUGGAUUGGUUCAGAGACACUGUACAGGCUCCCACUGAAACUAAAUACAACACAGUCCUCUUUGGGGGUCUGAUCGGGUCCCUCUUCUCUCUGCUGCAGUUCCUGAGUUCACCUCUCACUGGUGCAGCGUCUGAUUACUAUGGGAGGAGACCCCUGAUGAUGCUGACCACAGUGGGACUGAUGUCUUCCUACGCUCUGUGGGCUUUGUCCCGCAGUUUCAGCGUGUUCCUGCUGUCCCGAGUGGUGGGGGGCAUCUGCAAGGGGAACGUCAGCCUCUGCACCGCCAUCGUGGCGGACCUGUCCUGCCCCAAAGCGCGAACCCGAGGGAUGGCGAUGAUUGGUGUAGCUUUCUCAAUGGGCUUCACAGUAGGGCCUCUGAUUGGGGCCUACUUUGCCCGAAGGUCCAGUUUGGAAGAGGUGUUCUACCUAGGCCCAGCUGUCCUGGCACUGCUCUUCUCCACAGCAGACCUAAUCUUCAUCUUCAUCAUGCUACCUGAAACUCUGCGUAAAGACACCAAGGUCUCCUCGGUGUCCUCAGGCUUCCAGGAGACCAGGGACCUCCUCAGCCCCGUGGCCCUGUUCCGUUUCUCUGCUGUAACACGGAGAGAAGACUCACCUUCCAAACAGAGCAUGGAGAAUCUGAGAGCACUGGGAUUGGUCUACUUCUCCUACCUGUUUCUCUUCUCUGGACUGGAGUUCACGCUCAGCUUCCUGACUCAUCAGCGGUUCCAGUUCACCAGCAUGGACCAGGGGAAGAUGUUCUUCUUCAUUGGAAUCACCAUGGCAGUAAUCCAGGGUGGAUACGCCCGCAGGAUCAAACCAGGUCAUCAGAUCAGGACCAUUAGGCUGGCAAUCAUGUCAUUGAUCCCCGCCUUCAUCCUCGUUGGAUUGGCCUGGAAUUUGACUCUGCUCUACACUGGGUUAUUUCUGUACUCAUUUGCUGCUGCAGUGGUUGUCCCAUGUCUGUCAGCCCAGGUCUCUGAAUAUGGUUUAGCCAGUCAGAAAGGAACGGUGAUGGGAAUUCUCCGAAGUUUGGGAGCGCUGGCUCGAGCGCUAGGUCCUAUUUUGGCAUCUUCAGUGUACUGGUUGGCUGGAUCAGAGGUCUGCUUUGUCGUCAGUUCUGCCUUUUUCAUUUUGCCGUUGGCUUUGCUGAGACGACAAAGAUGGUCCAAGGAGGAGUGAUGGGCGGAGUCUCAGAGCGAUGGGUGGAGUCUCGGACCCUUGCACUGCACCAGACAUUCUUCGGAUUAUGUUUUUUAUAAUGGAGCUUUUAUAUUGUUGUAUAAUAAUAUAAUUUUGCCAUUUGGACCUAUAAAGUUUAUAUUUUGGGUUUGGUAUGUGUGGAAAAUAGAGUCAUGGCCUCAGCCUUUUUGCAAACAUGUACAGUGCUCUCAAAGUGUGUAAACAGUAAACAGUACUGUAGUGCAAAUAUACCAUUGCAGUUGUAGAACAGAAUAACUGCAUUGUGAAAGGCAUUGUGUUAACAAAUUUGCAUUGUAUGCAUAAUCUGCCUGACUUGCAGUAUUUAUGAGAAAUCAAUAUUUUGUGCAAAUUAUUAGUGGUUCCUUAAAGCACUUCCUGGUGCCGUUAUGUUAGCCUCACUUUUCAGAAAGAUGAGUCAGACAUUCUACACUUUUGAUCAUCAACACUGGCAAGGAAAUAUUUAUUACAGAAAGUCUGCAAUGUUAAAGACAUUUUAGUCCAAGAGGAAAAAAUAGUGGGUACGAUUUUUUCACUGACUUAUUUAAAAUAAAAAAUGAUUGCAUUGUACACUGAACAGGAACAUUUUGUCCAAGACAAUGAUGGAGCCACAGGAUUGUGCAGAGAUAAGAUUUCAGAAAUCAGAACAUAUUACAGUACAGGCAUACAGAUUAUUGUUUGUAUGGUCUUAACAUGUUUCUUAACUGUUUAAUCAUACAAAAUAUAAAUACAUUUAUGGGACAACUAUGAGUAUUAUAGAGAUUAGGAAUUUAACCACUUAAUGAAUUAUUUUUUUCUUUCUUACUGACAAAUUAUAACAAUGAGUUGGGCAAGAGUUUUAAAAAUAAUUAAUUGCACAAAAAACAGGUAAAACAGUUUCUAGGCGAUGCACAUUUGGCAUGUUUUUGCAUAAACUGACAACUUGCAUAACUUGGCAAUACAUUUGCAAAACUACAUUUAAUAGUACUUCAGGGCAGUCCUAAGGAUUGAGCGGUAAAUAGGCACAUAGUUUCAUCACCUUUUGGGAUUUAUUAGCUUUUUGGUAAAGAGCCACACCCACAUGCGAAUUCACUGGCUUACUACAGGCAUGGGGUUACCCGUAGCAACCUUGCUUAUCCUGGGAUUAAAGAAUAACUGCUAUAGUUACCAAGUCUUGUGCAAAUUGGUCAAAGCAUCUAAAAGGGGAUCGACUUAAGGUUUUUCAACAAAAAAAUCCUUACCACACUUUUUUGGCGUAUGGAUAAAUCUGUUCCAUGAAAGGAGAGGAAUCUAGGAAAAAAGAACACUGAUUAUAGGUCAAAGGGAUCAGGAGUUAUGGCCUGUCAAAUAUAGCAUUUUCAACCAUUUGAUGUAGUAGCACUAAGUGUUUAACUGGGGCCAAAAUCACUCAAUUGUCAUUUGGUGUACCCCUCUAUCAAUGUGCAGUCUGGUAAAAACCAUCUGGUAGUUUUUCCAGAACUGUGAAAAUCAAUGGAAGAAAAUCAACAAAACCAAGAAAUACAAUGCUUGGGCCCCUAAAUAAUAAUAAUAAUGAUAAUAGUUUUAAAAAGGACUAGCUCAAGGCUGCCAGUACAGUGGCUGCCAGUAGCAACUAGUGAAGUACCUUUUUCCUUUUUUGUGAGUGCAAGUAAAAAGCCACCGUUUUUGCAUAAUUACAGCUGUAAUAUAUGGUGUCUACACCCAGCACAAAUACCUGCACGUCCACCAUUUUUAUCUGGAUUACACUGUCUGAUAUUUGAGGUUAAUGAAUUUACUCAGCACACAAUCCAGCCAAGUCAAAGCCUUCCUAUUUGCAGGAAAACUCAAGAUGGACAAUCACAGAAAGGCAAUAAAUUCUGAGCUUAAACCUCACAGUCCGUGCUCAGACACCAUCUCCCUUUCGGCUUUAAAUGGCAGAGCGUUUAUGCAUUUAUGAACAUACCUGAAAAACUAGACAAAAGAGAUGCCUCCAUUGUUCUCACAAUCUGAGAUUCAGAGACUUCCACACUUUCAGGAUAUGAUGGACACUAAUGAUUCCAAAGAUAUCUAACCAUUUUCUAACUUUUGUUCGAAGAGUUGAAACCCACCAGCAACCGAUUUCCUGGAUUUUUAAAAUGUCCCCCUUCCCCAACUGGCCAUUAGUGGAGAAACAUGGAGGAAGUGAUAUUCUCUGCACUCCUAAGGAACCGACUAACACGAAUGUAACCAAAUACUGAAAUAAAAGAUACUGAACAUUCCUGGGGCCUCACUUAAAAAAAACAAA